GCCUUUCCGUUUCCUCACGAGAUGUCACCAUAAUCAAAUGUUGAUUAUUUAUUUUUUAUGCAAAUUCUUGUUCUUGUAUUUCCUGUUUGCUGAUAUUUCCAGUCGGUGAAAAGUGCAACAUAAAUCGAAUGAAAUACGAAAGCCCUAAGCAGGCAAACAAAAUGUCUGUGUCUGUUCAACAAAUACUGGCUGAUGCAAAACGCUUAGCUGGCCGCUUGAAGGACCAUGACUCCUCUGCAGAUGUGCUUCUUUCACAAGCCCAAGCAAUGUUUUGCCAAGUGGAUGCCAUGAAAGAGUACCAGGAAGAAUUGGUUGAGCUGAACACAGCUGCCCAUCAAAGACCACAUUUGGAUCUCAUUGCAAAUAUCCAGCAAGAAAAUCGUCAACUGAGGGCAUUAGAAAAUGAAAAUAAAGAACUCAAAUCAGCUCUUGAGGAGCACCAGAAUACUCUAGAGCUUAUUAUGAGUAAAUACAGACAACAAAUCAGUCGCCUGUUGGAGGCAAGCCACACAGAAAAGAAUUUAGUCAACUUGCUACCGGAUACCAGGAAAAAUGAAGAACAGGCGGAGAAAAUCAAUGACAUGGUUGGAGUCAUGAAGACGGCCAUAAAGUUAGAUGAUAGUUAUGUACAAAAAGAAAUAGAACUGUUCUCCAGAUUAACAACGGAAAACCGGGGACUAAAAGAGCUUUUGGAUAUAGCGAGUCAUAACGGGUCACUCAGGAAUUCUCUCCUUGGUAUCAAAAGCGAGGAUAAAGAGAUCCAAGCAGAUGUUUCUUGUUUAAUUCCUUGAUCUCCAGAAGAAAAUAGCAUUGAAAAUACGAUAGAUUCGUUACACGUUGGCUAUGUAUAUCUUUACGCUUUCUGAAGAUUCUUUCUCGUCCUUUGCUUUUACACGAUACUCACCGUGUAUAUUAAAGUUUAAAAUAACUUUUCUCUUUUUUGUUCUAAAUUUAAUUAGAUGUUGCUUGGCCAUAGGUUAAUUGCAAUAAAGCUGUGUUUCAUGUC